GCUGGGUUUGGAAUCAAAUGUUUGUCCUGGAGGAGUUUUCUGGACCGGAACCGAUUCUUGUUGGCCGGCUGCACACAGACCUGGAUCCUGGGAGCAAAAAAAUCAAGUAUAUCCUGUCAGGCGAUGGAGCUGGGACCAUCUUUCAAAUAAAUGAUAUAACGGGAGAUAUCCACGCUAUAAAGAGACUUGACCGGGAGGAAAAGGCUGAGUACACACUCACAGCUCAGGCAGUGGACUUUGAGACCAACAAGCCCCUGGAGCCUCCUUCCGAAUUUAUUAUUAAAGUUCAGGACAUCAACGACAACGCACCAGAGUUUCUUAAUGGACCCUAUCAUGCGACUGUGCCGGAGAUGUCCAUUUUGGGUACGUCUGUCACUAAUGUAACAGCCACCGAUGCUGAUGACCCAGUUUAUGGCAACAGCGCCAAGUUGGUGUACAGCAUCCUGGAGGGGCAGCCUUAUUUUUCCAUCGAGCCAGAAACAGCAAUCAUAAAAACUGCCCUUCCCAACAUGGACAGAGAAGCCAAAGAGGAGUACCUGGUCGUCAUCCAAGCCAAGGACAUGGGUGGCCACUCCGGGGGCCUGUCCGGGACCACGACACUGACAGUGACUCUUACUGAUGUUAAUGACAAUCCUCCAAAAUUUGCCCAGAGUCUGUAUCACUUCUCAGUACCUGAAGAUGUGGUUCUUGGCACUGCCAUAGGCAGAGUAAAGGCCAAUGAUCAGGAUAUUGGGGAAAAUGCGCAGUCAUCGUAUGACAUCAUUGAUGGGGAUGGAACAGCACUCUUUGAAAUCACCUCUGAUGCCCAGGCCCAGGAUGGCAUCAUAAGACUAAGAAAGCCUCUGGACUUUGAGACCAAGAAAUCCUAUACGCUGAAGGUGGAGGCGGCCAACGUCCACGUUGACCCACGUUUCAGUGGCAGGGGGCCCUUUAAAGACACAGCCACGGUCAAAAUUGUCGUUGAGGAUGCUGAUGAGCCUCCUGUCUUCUCUUCACCCACUUAUCUCCUCGAAGUUCACGAAAAUGCAGCUCUGAACUCCGUGAUUGGGCAAGUGACCGCACGUGACCCUGAUAUCACCUCCAGUCCUAUAAGGUUUUCCAUCGACCGGCACACUGACCUGGAGAGGCAAUUCAACAUUAACGCAGAUGAUGGGAAGAUAACGCUGGCAACACCGCUUGACAGAGAGUUAAGUGUAUGGCACAACAUAACGAUCAUUGCUACUGAAAUUAGGAACCACAGUCAGAUAUCACGAGUACCUGUUGCUAUUAAAGUGCUGGAUGUCAAUGACAACGCCCCUGAAUUCGCAUCCGAAUAUGAGGCAUUUUUAUGUGAAAAUGGAAAACCCGGCCAAGUCAUUCAAACGGUGAGUGCCAUGGACAAAGAUGAUCCCAAAAACGGACAUUAUUUCUUAUACAGUCUUCUUCCAGAAAUGGUCAACAAUCCGAAUUUUACCAUCAAGAAAAAUGAAGAUAAUUCCCUCAGCAUUUUGGCCAAGCAUAAUGGAUUCAACCGUCAGAAGCAGGAAGUCUACCUUUUGCCAAUCGUCAUCAGUGACAGCGGGAACCCUCCUCUGAGCAGCACCAGCACGCUGACCAUCCGGGUCUGUGGCUGCAGCAGUGAUGGUGUUGUCCAGUCCUGUAACGUGGAAGCUUAUGUCCUUCCGAUUGGACUCAGUAUGGGCGCCCUAAUUGCUAUAUUGGCGUGCAUCAUUUUGCUGCUAGUCAUCGUGGUGCUGUUUGUCACUCUGCGGCGACAUAAAAAUGAGCCAUUAAUUAUCAAAGAUGAUGAAGAUGUACGAGAAAACAUCAUUCGCUACGACGACGAAGGAGGCGGGGAGGAAGACACGGAGGCCUUUGACAUUGCCACUUUACAAAACCCGGAUGGAAUUAAUGGAUUUUUACCCCGUAAGGAUAUUAAACCAGAUUUGCAGUUUAUGCCAAGGCAAGGGCUGGCUCCAGUUCCCAAUGGUGUUGACGUGGAUGAAUUUAUAAAUGUGCGGCUCCACGAGGCAGAUAACGACCCCACGGCCCCGCCCUAUGACUCCAUUCAGAUUUAUGGCUAUGAAGGCCGGGGGUCAGUGGCAGGCUCCCUCAGCUCCUUGGAGUCCACCACCUCAGACUCAGACCAGAAUUUUGACUACCUCAGUGACUGGGGUCCCCGCUUUAAGAGACUGGGUGAACUUUACUCUCUUGGUGAAAGUGACAAAGAAACUUGACAGUGGAUGAUCAAUCAACCCGUGGAACUGAGCAUUCUGUAAUAUUCUAGGGCCACUCCCUUUAGAUACAGCCAAUGUGGCUAUUUGUUUUAGAGGAAAGUGUAGCACCAAUCAUCUAUAAACUCAACUACAUUUUAAUGUUGAACCAAAAAAAAAAGGAUAAUAAAAAGUCUAUGUUAGGAGGUGAUCAAUCUUGUGGAGUGUGAAUUAAACUAUGUGGAGUGUCUAGAAGUCAUUGGAUAGUUGCUAUGUACGUGACCACACAGACAAAGAUGGGGAUCCUGGCUCAUGCUUAGGGAAAAAACAUAGUUUUAAAAGAGGAAAAAAAUCAAAAUUAAAAGGUGCUUUCUUAGACAAAAUGGACCUGCAAGGAAUUUGCUGCUGAGAUGUGUCUUCUGCAAGGAUUUUUAUAAAUGCGAAUGGUUUUUUCCCCUUCACCAAUAAGGAUCCCGCCACACACGAUAAAGCAAUACUCGGUCGGCUGUACAUUCUGACUUUUGGGAGUUUGGGAAGGCCUCCUAAGAUUACACGGUACAGUGACCACACAUUGUACAUAAUUGUUGGCCCCACUCAUCAGAGAUGGAAUAGCAUCUUUAAAUAUUGUGUCGAGCCUUAAAAUAGUCACAUGUUCCUAAUCCAUUCCAAGGUGGGGUUUGCCAACGCAGUGGUGGGAGGAGAGAAAUCCCACGGAACAGGCUUGUUUUUAAGAAGCAGGAUUACUCCUUCCCUCCACUUCAUCUUAUUCCACAAGGACACUAAGAUAGCCUAUGUCACGCAGUGGACAACGUCAGAGACAGAUGGUUUUAUUUGUUUAAUCCUCAAAAUAAAUAUUUUAUUGAUGUCCAUGAAUGCGUUUAUUUAUUAAGGUUGGUAACCUAUAGAUGAAGGGACUAUAUGGAGAAAAAAAGAUAAAUUAUAUCCAUUAAUAAUCCUUUAGAUUGUUUUAUAUAAAUAUAUAUAUAUAUAUACACACACACACAAUGAAUGUUUAAUACAUGUACAUUUUGAUGAGGUGAGUAUGGCAGGCAAUAUUCUGACCAGGGAGCGAAUAAUCUCUUUAGUAUAGAAAGUGUUAUUGUGACUGGUGAUGGCAGGAACAGCAUUUUCCCAGAGAAACUUUUGGACUGUUUUCUAUUUUGUUCAUACUCCUAGUAUUUGGUGUUUUUACUACAAGCACAAACAUCUGAAAGUAUAUUGAUCCGUGUUAAUAUUUAAACUCUAGACUUUUAGAUACCUACAUAACGCCCUGCCCAACAGACCUGCUUCAAGUCACCCCACAAUGUUUUAGAGCAGGAGCCGAUAUGUACAUAAUUUUACUGCUUCUGUUUUCAGCACUUCUCUCCCCUAUCCUCAUGGUGAGACACAGAACAACUUAGAGUCCAAAAGAGAACAGCCCUAGCAGAUGUGAGCAUAUUCAAUUUGUAAUACCAACCUGACAUUUAGGAGUAGAGAAAUGUAUGAUACAACCGAACUACUACGACAUGCAGAUCAUUUUAAUUUUCUACUUUGCUUUAAUGCAAUAUUGUUUAUUUACUCCAUGUAUUGUAUUCAGAGAAACUCCUGUAUUGUUUCCUACU